CCACGACAGCGGUCCGGCAUGUUUUCCAGGGCCCAGGUGAGGCGUGUUCUGCAGCGGGUGCCCGGGAAGCAGCGACUCGGCGUCUACAGGUUCCUGCCCUUCUUUUUUGUCCUGGGAGGAACAAUGGAGUGGAUCAUGAUUAAAGUGCGCGUGGGCCAGGAGACCUUCUACGAUGUCUACCGUAGAAAAGCCUCAGAAAGGCAGUAUCAGAGAAGGCUGGAAGAUGCAUCAGAGACUGAACUUCAGCAGUCAAUAAAGUGA